CAGAAAGUAGUCGGCCUGUCGCUGAGCCUGACACCGCUCAUAGCAGAGAGUGAGGAGGUUGUAGGUGGUCCCAUCUCCCUCCAGUCACACAUCGACACCUCAUCGGGAGUCACACAAUGUUACCGGCUGAACUGAACAUUUUGCUACGAAUCCUGGGUUCUCUGGUUGCAGCCUCCAUCACUGGUGAUCCGUGUGUGAAUCACACCAUCCUGGAUCAGCCCUGGAGGAGCUCGAAUUGCUCUGAAACUCGGUGCAGUGGUCAGUGGAUGGAUGAUGGAGACCUUACGGAAGGAUGGUACAGAUUUAGCAGUCAUGGCAAUGUGAAGAUCCCCGAGACUACGGUUCCAUUCUUUCACUGCUCUGCAUGGAGUCCAGGCUGGUUAAAAGGUUCCCAUCCCGAUGUGGGAGAUGGCGAAGUGACCCGCACUAUCUGUUUCAACUGGGUUAAAGACAACCCGCAGAGAAAGACUUGCACCAAGCAAAUGGACAUCAGGAUCAAAAAUUGCACAGCUUACUUUGUGUACGAGUUGAAGCCGACACCUGGUUUAUACAGUGUGUAUUGUACAGUUACAGGUUCCGCACUGGGUGAUCCGUGUGUAAACUACAGCAUCUUGGAUCAGUCCUGGAGAAGAAUGAAUUCUCCCAGCACGAGUGGAGAAUGUAUGUCCGACAAAAGUCUUGAGCAAGGAUGGUACAGAUUCAGCAGUUCUGGCAGAUGGAAACUCCCCGAGACAGCAGUUCCACAGGGUUGUUGCUGCAGGAAGAGACAAGGCUGGUUGGAAGGUUCCCAUCCCGCUGUGGCAGAGGGGGAGGUGAUGAGAAGGGUUUGCUUCACCGAGAAUGGAAACACAAAUCCUGAAUCUGUUGUGAGUGGACAGGGCACGAGUCAAAACAGCAAUGCUUGUCUGGACAUUAAGAUCAAAAAUUGCAUUGGCUACUUUGUGUAUCUGCUGAAGCCAACACCUAGUAAUCACACGGUGUACUGCACAGUUUCCACACUCGGUGAUCCGUGUGUAAACCACACUAUCCUGGAUCAGCCCUGGAGGAGCACGGAUUGUUCAUCGGAAGAAUGCAGUAAAUACAUGAAUGAUGAAACCCAGACAGAAGGAUGGUACCGAUUCAAGAGUUCUGGGGGCUGGAGGAUUCCUGAGACUGCUGUUCCAACAUACAAGUGCUCCGGGACAGUUCCAGGCUGGUUAAACGGUCACCAUCCCAGCACGGGAGAGGGGGAGGUCAACAGGACUGUCUGCUUCAGCUGGGAGCAAAACAACUGUGAUACAAAGCGGACAAUCAAGAUCAAAAACUGUGGUGCUUUCUUUGUCUACUGGCUGAAGCCGACACUCUGCUGUAACAGAGUUUACUGUACAGAUCCAGCAUCUGUACCAACUCUGCAACCCGUGGGGACAACUUCUGAGCCAAGCAAUGAUUCAUACACGAUCACGGACCCAGAGACAUGCCCAGAUCCAACAUCUGUACCAACUCCACAAACCGAGGGGACAACUCCUGAACUAAGUGAAGAUCUGUCCACAAUCACGGACCUGGAUACAAGCUCAGGUAUCAGUUGUGGGGAGAUGUUUUACACAGGCUUGCCUCCGAAAUUAUCAUCCAAUGGAUUCAACUGGAAUCAAGGGAUAUACUGA